UACAUACUGCACCACUAAACUCUGCAUUGCUUCCUUGUAGUUUUUAAGUAUUUAAACAAGAAAAUAAAAUGAGUAAGAUAAAUGCAUAUGGAGACGAAGAGAACAUUGUGAUGACACUUGAUGAUUGGAAUUCAAGAUGGAAAAAGAAACAUACAGCGUUUCAUUUGCCUAAAGUUAAUGAAAAUUUAGUUAAACAUGAGAAUGUUCUGCUUGACAAGCAGAAAAUGUCUGUCUUUGUUCCUUUGUGCGGGAAAACGAUUGACAUGAAGUACAUUGCUGAUAAAGGUCACAAAGUUGUUGGUCUUGAAUGCUCUGAAAUUGCUAUUCAUGAUUUUUUUAAUGAGCAUAACAUAAAGUUUAACAAGACUAAACAUCCAACUUCAGAUUUUAAUAUAUUCCAAUCUGAGGAUUCAAGUGUCACCAUAUAUCAAGGAAAUUUGUUUCUGUUCAAUUCUGAUGUCAGUGGAAAACUUGAUGCAACUUGGGAUCGAGGUGCAUUCGUUGCAAUCAAUCCCAGUCAGCGUGGCGCUUAUUUUGGUGUCAUGUCUGAAGUUAUGAAAGUUGGAGCUAAAUAUCUUUUAAACACGUUCAGAUAUGAUCCUACAAAGUAUUGUGGACCACCAUUCAGUAUAGAAGACCAAGAAAUUGCUCAACUAUCUGAAAACAGAUUCACAAUCACAGCACUUGGAGAAUUUGAAGCCAUUAAUGACAGACAGAGAUCUUGGGGGCUUGAUUCUUUUGUGAUUAGAAAUAACUUAUUGGUCAAAAUGUAACAUGUUCUAAGCAUCAUUAUGUAAUAGCUAAGUUGAGUAUAGUUGUAUAAAUAUCUUAAUUAAUAUUAACAAUAAAUCACAGUUAAAGUUUAUCAGCUAUAACUUGGUACAUUUAGAAAUAAGAAACCUCUAAGAGUUUGUACGACCAAUUCUCUUUACCUCAACUUGUUUAUAAGCUAGGGACCACCAAGUUUUAUAUGCACUUGAUUGAAUCUUAUUUGUUGGCAUGCGCAAAUUUCAUUUUACGUAUUACUACUGAAUCUGAUGAUGAAAUUUCGUUUUUUUUUGCGGAAAUUGGGGCCAUAGUUUGCCACCAACUGAAUGUCGAAAAACACCACAAAUAAAACAAUUAAGACAAGCUAAAUUGACAACACCAUGUUACAAAUGUUAUUCCUUUAUCUAAAACUGUUGCAAAUUCAUUAAAAGUUAUCAAUCAUGUUUUAUUGCUUAAAACUUUUCAGUAAACUGUUUUAUGUUUAUUAAAUAUUAACUGAUGUUUUUAUUAACAAGGUGUAUUACCCAAUAAAUUUGCUAAAUUUCAAAUCCA